AUGGUCGCCUUGGUGGCCUUUCUAAUUGGAUUCCUGGGGGCACUUGGACCGGCUUGGGCCAAUCCAAAGCAUGUUGCGCUUUACAUGAGCGAGGCAGGUGGUGUUCUUGACCUUUCAUGGGACAGGAGUGCGAUGAACCUCGAGCAGCAGCUCAGGCAGCUCGGACUCAACGUGAUGCUGGCCACGACCGGCCAGCCAAGGUUGGAAGGCUCGGCCGCGCCCAAAGCUUAUGUCAUCCCACCCCAGAAUGCCUACAAUUAUUACAGCUCAGCCGAGGAUAUGGGGGCCAUCUCUUCUUACCUGGCAUCUGGAGGCUUGGUGAUUAUCCUUGACGCCACCCACGGACAGGGCGAUGCGCUGAGCACUUUCGUUGCCAAAGCUUUUGAUUACACGGGAAAAUGGAUUGUGUGUGACCAACUCUAUACUAAUGAUGAACAAGCCCUUGGCGAGCUUCAGCUCAGCACGCACGCUUCGGCGUUUAUCCAGGUGAAGACCUCAGCGCAGGGAUCCUGGCCUUCGACCUUGGAGGAUGCUCAAACUACCAGUCUGUACACAUCCUGCCUUCAUGAGGAUCUACGCGCUUCCAUCGUCCCCCUUUACUUUGCACAAGAUAGCGACAUCAAGGUCGCUGCUCAGGCUUUCAGCAAGGCGGGCGUGCCGGGCGCAAUCGUGUGGCUAGGUUACGACUGGCGCGGAGGGCCCCAGACCCAGUGGGGCAACCUGCUCAAGUCCCUCAUUUCGGACUUCAAGCCCAAUAGCGAGGCUGUUACCGUGGAGAUGGAGGCGUAUGACAUCGAUGCGGAGCUUCUAGAUGCGGACCUCCUUGAGGACGCUGACCUGCUUUAUUCAGUACUGGAGUCCGCCUCGGACAUGUCUGACCCCAAGCAUGCGAGCGAGGCGCUUCGUCGCUUCCUGCAAAACGCACCGACGGGUUUGUACCCGAUGCCCCCGCAGACGUACCCCCUUCCAACCUACCCUCCACCGUCCUCGCCCUCACAACGAUCUCCUCCACGGCCACGGCCGAAGCCGCCGUCACCGCCGCCGCCGCCACCCAGCCCACCCCCUCCCAGUCCCAGCCCUCCCAGCCCGCCCCCCCCUAGUCCGUCCCCACCCAGCCCACCGCCGCCGAGCCCCAGCCCUCCGAGCCCGCCGCCGCCGAGCCCGGUCCCGCCCAGCCCGCCGCCGCCCGGCCUUCGACCGCCUUCCACACCAAAGCCGCUGUCAUCUCCCCCAGCCACGGCCGCCCCCUCACCACCUGUCACAUUCCCACCGCGCAGCCGGAAUCCGCGACCUCCGUUUAUUCGCCGUCCGCCGCCGCCGCCGCCUCCCAAGGUGAGCGCGCCGCCGCCGCCGCCGCCCAAGGCAAGUCCACCGCCGCCGCCGCCCCUUGCAAGCCCGUCACCGCCGCCACCCCAAUCAAGCCCACCGCCGCCCAGGUCGCCACCACCCAGCCCGCCGCCCAGGUCACCACCACCCAGUCCCCCUCCACCCAGCCCGCCGCCGCCCAGUCCACCACCACCCAGUUCCCCUCCGCCCAGGCCCCCUCCACCCAGCCCGCCGCCGCCCAGCUCCCCUCCACCCAGCCCGCCGCCGCCCAGCUCCCCUCCACCCAGCCCGCCGCCGCCCACUACCUCAGACGCCUACAUUAUGGUCAACAAUUUUACUGCUCAAGGCGUCAUCGGCUCCGACGGACUUGUCUUCUACGGUUCGCCAUUCUUCAGAGGCCAGCUCAAGCCUCGUACUGCUGCGCAACUGGUCGACCCCAACAAGAAGCCCUGCACUCCGCCCGGCAGUGCUGUUUGCUACGCCUGCCCUAGGGCCUGGAUGGCCACGGCAACGGAACGCAGCGUGGCUCUGUUCUUCAAGGACCCCACCCAGCUCAGCCGCAUCAACAUCAAGCAGAUAAAGAACCCAGGAGUCAUUACGACCUGUCAGUCCGUGCUCAGCAUCCGUGUAACGCCCUCCCAAAGCGGCAUCUAUGAGGACGUGCCCGAGGACGGCUCCUCAGCCGAGUUGCCAGAAAACCUGGCCCGCACGGCCGCCGGCGGAGUACUCAUCACCGCUUACCCCUUCCCUCACAACGCCGCGAGCAACUUCGGGCCCUUCCUGGAGUGGGUGCGCUUCAGCGGCCGCGUGCUUUACCCAUCAGACUUGGAAUCGUACCAGGCGCGGAUGCAGAAGUAA